CGUUAUCCAAAUUUACUAUUUGUUAACAGAGGGCAGCACUGUGUGAACCGGAAACAAAAGUUGAAAUUAACCAAAUUGAAAACAUAAAAGAAAAAAUGCCAGCACAAAGAAAAAGAAAAGCAGAAGCUUCAACAACAGUUGAUGAAAACUGUCCAGCAGUAGCUAUGUUUAGACAGUAUCAGUUAGAACUGGACACCAAACAUGAUAAACAUGAAAGAUUAGUAAAACUAAGUAGAGAUGUCACUAUAGAAAGUAAACGAACCAUUUUCUUGCUACAAAGACUUACUGGGUCCUCACCUGACAUCAAAAUACUAGAAGAAGCUUUGGAGAAAUUGAAGACCAUAGAGAACACCAAACUGUUGUCAAUAGCAAAGGAACUAGACCAAGAAGAUCCAUACAAGUUUCUGAGAGCUUAUUCACCAGGAUUACAAGAAUACAUUGAAGCAGUUUCAUUCUAUCAUUAUCUAAAGAACAAAAAACUAGUUACUUUAGAAGAAGUACAAAAAGACCUCACAUUCAAGUCUUCUUUUUCAUCUGUGGAUGGAAUAGAUAAUGAACUUUCACAACUCACUACACAAAAAACUGAGGAUGGAAAUUCUGAUAAGACUAAAAUUCCUGACACUCAGUGUAAAGUCAUUUGUAAUGAAUCUGAAAUGGAUAAAGAACUAAGAGAAGUACAAGUACAUGUACCACCAACUGAGUAUUUUUUAGGGCUAGCUGAUUUGACAGGAGAGUUAAUGCGACUUGCUGUGGGAAGUGUAGGGAAGGGUGAUUUAGAUACACCUUUUCAAGUUCGCGACUUUUUACAAUUAAUGCAGUCUGGUUUUGUGUCAUUUGGAAACUGUGGACGUGAAAUUGGAAGGAAACUGAGCACAUUAAGACAGAGUCUUCAGAAAGUAGAAACAGCAUGCUAUACAUUACAAGUACGAGGAUCAGAAAUACCGAAACAUAUGUUAGUAGAUGUACUAAGUUCAGGACCCUCAGAUUAUGGCUCAAACUUUGAAAAUGAUAUGGCAGCUAAUGAUGACUAAACAAUUGGUUUUUUUUUACAUGUGACUCAGUUAAACAUUAUAAUAAAUCA